CAUCGAGACUCGAACUAGGGUUCUGUCAUCUGCUGAACUGAACUGACCUGAAGUCACCCGACAUUGAAAUCGGAUCCCAACGGCCAUGUCUUUCUUUCCCUCCAAUUCCCAAAUCCAAACCCAAAACGCCGACUCCCGUUUCCAGGCCACCGUGCUCGUCGGCGCUCCAUCCUUCCCCGACGCCAUCGCUUGGUCCGAUGAGAACCUCAUCGCUGUCGCUUCCGGCCACCUCGUCACCAUUCUGAAUCCGGCUGCUCUGCCUUUUGGACCAAGAGGCCUAAUCACCAUAAAAAACAGCCAACCUUUUCCGAUUGGUGUCAUAGAUAGACAAGAUUUAUUCUCUAAUUGCAUGCUGCCUACCAUUUUAUCACGGGACCAAGAACCCUGUGUUCGAUCGAUUUCUUGGUCCCCAGUUGGGCUUGCUCCAAACGCUGGCUGCUUGCUGGCUGUCUGCACCACCCAAGGAUUCGUCAAGCUUUAUCGCUCUCCAUAUUGCGAUUUUUGUGCUGAAUGGAUAGAGGUUGCGAAUGUAUCGGCCAAGCUUUAUGAUUAUCUUGUGAGUAUAAAUUUUGGGGAGGUACGGGCUUCUUCAUCAAAACAGCAAGAUGUAAAUGAGCAUGAAAUAGAGCCUGAGAUUGACUAUGACCCAUCGAAACAAAAGAGUUCAAAUAAGAUUGUUCGUGCUUCAAAAUCGAAGGUAAAACCUGCCAAGGAGAUACCAGUAAACAGCACACUCCCUCUUAUAACUGCGGAUCAAUAUGCUUCUCGCACUGCAAUGCUAACAUCACUUGUAGUUGCCUGGUCGCCAAUGCUGCAUUCACCAUCCAAAAUCUGUUCAGUUCCUCAAGAUGGUUCGUCCAUGUCGUUACUUGCAGUUGGAGCGAAGUCCGGGAAAGUUUCUGUAUGGAGAAUUCCUGUACCAGAAUGCUACUCUGUUGAUCAAAGCAGGGUCCCGGCAACUGUGGCGCUCAUAGGGAUUCUUCAGGCACACAAUUCAUGGAUCACAGCUAUUGGUUGGGCGUUGCUUGAUUCUGAUUCUUCAAAUCCUAAAGUUUUGUUGGCUACAGCGAGUACUGAUGGGAGUGUGAGGAUCUGGCUGGGGAAUAAUGAAAAGUUGCUGAAGUCAUCAGAACCUAGCGACACUUCCUUUUCCCUAAUGAAAGAGGUUGCAAGCAAUGCUGCCCCAGUUUUUGUACUUUCAGUCAUUGUGCCUAUUAAGUCUCCAGACAAAAUUCACUUAGCAGUUGGAAAAGGAUCUGGCUCUUUUGAAUUGUGGAUAUGCAACAUGUCUAGCCAAAAAUUUGACAAGAUUGGCACAUAUGUUGCACAUGGCCAGACGGUUACAGGUUUAGCUUGGGCGUUUGAUGGGCAAUCUUUGUAUAGCUGCAGCCAGGAUAAUGUUAUACGCUGUUGGAUUUUGAGUGGAAGUUCUCUCUGUGAAGUACCUAUUCCUUCAAAUACUCCUCGUCUGAGAAACUCAACUGAUUUACCAGAAGAAUUUGUUUCUUGCUUUGGUCUGGCAGUGUCCCCUGGAAAUCUUGUGAUUGCUUGGGUUCGAAAUACUGAUGUUGAACAAUUAAACCCAAUGUACGAGGCAAGGACUCAAAAGGCCAUUGUUGAAUUUUUCUGGACGGGUGGUCAGCAAGUAGAUGUCUUCUCAAACAAUUCCGUACAUUUUGAUACUGAAGCGAUUCCUGGUUUUUCUGAGGAGUUAGUUUAUUGGGAGUCCAACUUUCAAUGGUCCUUAAAGCAGUAUGAAAUGCAAGAUAAACAUCUGGUUGUUUGGGAUAUUGUAACAGCAUUGUUGGCUUUUAAUCAUUCUAAACCAGAGUUUGUAGAACAAGUACUGAUUAAAUGGCUCUCUAUUUCAUACCUGGGAUCUCAUGUGGGAAUUUCUGCUGAAACGGUUUUGUUGAAUGUCUCCCGAAGUUGCUCAAAAGUCACUUCUCGCCAAUUACACCUUCUCAAUAUAAUCUGCAGGCGUGUGAUUCUAUCAGAGAUGAAGGCUGAUGAAAUAAACAGUAAAUUACUGAAUUUGAAAGGAGUUCAUGGUGCUGAAAAAGAGAAGCGGUCUUUGUGGAUCAAUCUGCUUUUGAACAGUGAGAAAGAACUCCGGGAAAGGCUUGUGGGAUUUACAUUUUCUGCUCUUUUAAGUCAAAUGCCUGCUUCAGCCCCAGAUUCUCCAUCUAGAAACUGGUUUCCUGUUGGAUUAGCACAAAUGGAGCAGUGGAUUGAGCUUAAUCAUGAUCAUGUGCACAGUCAACUAAAGGUCCUCGCAUCCGAAGUUGGAAAGCGGGAUAGGAGAUUUGGAUCCAGUAAAUGCAUAGCAGCAGAGAUGUGCAGCUAUUGUUUAGCAUCAGUUCCAUUUGAAUCUCCAGAAGUUGCCUUCUGCAGCGGAAAGGGCCACAAACUAGUUAGGUGUUCCAUUUCUAUGGAGAUUUGUCCUACUACUCCGACAUGGUUUUGCACAUGCUGUCAUAGACGUGCUUCCAAAUCGGCACCAGCGACUCUGUUUGCAACCCCCGGUCUUCCUUUGAAUUUCAAAUCUUUGGCCGCAUCGCCUUUGCUAGAACUAUCCUUAAAACCACUCUGUCCCUUUUGUGGUAUACUGCUACAAAGACUACAACCGGAUUUCCUACUUUCUGCAUCACCAACUUAGGCAAAUGAGGUUCGUUCCUGUGCCUGUCGAAGAUCGGAUUUGGGUCAGAGAAGAAGAUAGAUUACACUAGCAAGGUUUCCCUCAGGAUGUUGAAAGAUUGUAGUUCAGUGCAGUUGAGUGAAUUAUGUGUAUAUGUAUCUCUUUGCUUUCAACCAGAAUAUGUUUAUGUAUCUCUUGAUGGUGAAGCCAAGUUGAAGGCAGUGAUGAAAAUACGGUCUGUCUCUUGUAAAUGCACGCUUGCCUUUGAUCUUUCUAACCUCGUUUUGUAUCUA